UGGUAGAACACUUGUCUAGCAUAUUGUGAGGCUUGGGAACUGUGGAACCCAGAGGAGCCAAACCAGAACAGGAGUUGGUGACUGAGUGAGUUGUCUCCAAACCUAGAAGUCUUAUCUCAGGAGUGAUAGGAGUGGGAGGACUCCCUCCAUUGCCCCACACCUUUGCCCACACCAGAGGAAGUCACAUAGUCGAAGCUGGGUUAAACUACCCCUCACCAUAUAAGGUCAUAUCCACUAAGCACCUAGAACUCCUCCUUAUGCAAAUGAGGUAUCUUCAGCCAGCACCCUGGCCCUGACCAACGGUGUACACCCGCCCUGAUAGCCCCUACUCAUCCCUAAAGGUUUAAAAAAAGCCCCCCCCCCACACCAUUAAAUGCUCUGUCUUAUUGCAGUCUGUCUUACAGACACCUGAGGUCUGAUUAACCCCGGGUGACCCUCACUUUACUUUCCCUGCCUUUCCUCCUCUCAGGCUACCAGACAUGCUCUCGAGAAGCCAUUAUGGGUGGGCGAGCAGAGCAGGAACAACAGCAUAGGACAAAGAAAAUGAAAUGAAAAAAGUUUAUAUCAAUGUGAUAUUUUAUCACUCUAAUGAUCAGUAUGUUUAAUAUUGUGUUUGAAAAUCUAUUCCAAACGCUCUACAUCAGUCAGUAUUCUUCACUGUAACCAAAUAAAACAAUAUUAUUUUCCCAUCGACUCUUGAGAAAACCGAAGCGUAAACUACAACAUCUGGCCAAGGCAGUAAGUGGCAGAUCUGUAUUAUGAGAGCUGAUGCUGCGCUAGAUCCUCUUAGCUGUGCGAGUCAUUUCUAAGACUAUUCUUUAUGUAGAAGACACAGUCUUGAAUCUUUCCUAAUAAAAGUAGAAUGUAAAUUACAGCACAGGUAGUCACAUCUCUAGGGAGAGUGAAGAGAGAUGUAGAAGUUUAGAUUACUCUUAGAUACUCUUCAGCUUACAAUAUUGUGGCCAUUUAUUUGGUUAUACAACUUCACAUCCUGUAUCUCAAAGUCUGCUUAGUGCUUAUCGGGAGCCAUGGAUGUCCAAAGUUUUGAAGCUUGCUAAAGUGAAAACGACAAUGGAAACCCUAGACAGUGAGCAGGAACGUUUUUAUAUAGAUCAGAGCAGGUAUGUUUAGUUUCAACCAUAGUCAAAAAGUCUAGCAAAAACAAUCACUUCAGUCAUCUAAACCAGGGAACUAAAACUCCAAAGACAAAGUACGUGACGUUUGAAGUCUUAAUGUGAGUUAAAGUAUAAAGAGUGGCAACAUACCAGCUGGAGGAAUGUGUUAUAUUGAGAAACUAUCUUCACUAUUUACUAAAGCUUUAUAAUAUUCAAUCAGAUCAGGAUUAUAAGGAAUAGUUAUAGUGACAGUACGUUGGGCCAAAGUAGUUGUGUGUGAUCCAGACAACCCCAUCAUAUAGGCCAGCAUCAUAGCCUCUCUUAUUCAGUAGCUUGACUUUUUAAAUCAAACUUUUGUUUUCUUUUUAUCUUUUGGCUUUUUGAGAUCAGGUUUCUCUGUGUAACUGAGCCUUGGCUGUCCUGGACUUGAUUUGUAGACCAGGCUGGCCUUGAACUCAGAGAUCCACCUGCCUUUAUUUCCUGAGCACUCUGACUAAAGGCAUGUGCCACUACAUGCACAAGCCCGGGUGUGGUAGUGAGGUGAUGACUGGGCCCAGCUAUCCCUUUAGUUCCAGCUUCUUUGGAAGACUGGGUAAGAGGAUCCUUUGAGUGUAUGAGUUCAAGACUGCCUUGGACAGCAUAGACUCUAACCUCACAAAUAUGUGAUAAGUAAGCAAAAUGAAAGUGAUUGCAUACAGGCAGACAUAACACAUAAAAUCUAGCCUCCAGAUAUUUGACAGGAUGAAAUCCUAAGUGUCGACACUAGGCAAACACAUCUGAAAUGGUAAAAAUAGUCAAUAAAUCACAUACAGAUAUAGAGAUCAAUUAAACUAUAUAGAAUGGGGCAUACUAUGAAAGCACACAUCUUUUUGUGGGGCACAGGGGUACUGGGAAUUGCAUCCAGUCUUAAGCAAACUAGGCAAACAUUCUACCCCUGAGUUACACACCCUAGCCCAAAAUAUGAGUCUUCAGUAACAAUAGAGGAGGAAGGUUGAAAAAAAAAAAACAAUACAAACAAAUGUUAUUUAAAACAAAAAUUUUAUAUUGGUGGCUUUCAGGCUCGUCAGGAUAUUUUCUUGCCAAUGGAUUGGUUUUUGCUGUAAUCUUGCAGCUCAAAACAGGAUAUUUAUGCUGUCUUUUCCUUUCUUUGGAUAGAGAUUCUCCUGUUUCUUUGGCUGGCCUGGAACUUGGCAUGUCACUGAGUUUAAACUCCGGAUCCUCCAGCAAGCUGGGUUUAUGUGGUGUUGUGGGAUCUAAAACAGGGCUCUGGGCUAUAUGAGUACUCUAUCAACGGAGCUACAAAUCAGCCUCCUAGUGCUGUCUUUUCAUAGGAAUUAACCAGACAUCACUUUACAGACAACAGAAAAUAAGGGGUCAAUUGUAAUCACUUCGGUUAGUGUAACAGAUUUGUACAGAGAAAUUCACCUAUGUUUAGUUUGCAGAACUGUGUCAACUUUAGAAUCUACUCCUGCUGACUAAGCAAAAGCUUUCGUGUAAAUCGCUUCUGCCAUCCUGGUAAACAAAAAAACACAGAGCCCCGCAGUGGCUCUGAGUUCUUACACAGCCUCAAUUAUGUGUUAGUCAACCCAAGCAUCCAUUAUGUACUCAAUAAUAGUUAAUAGCUGUGACACAGCUCGGGACAACACUAAUGCCAUGGAGAGGCCGGCGCAGAGAUAGCCUGCUUUUCCUGGUGGUAACAUUCUUAAGCUUCCUGGAAACAGCUACGAGAUCCUGUCUUCCUCAUUAGAACCUUUACUCAACACGGUCUUGGUCUUGAGAAACGAUGGCCCAGUAACUUAGAAGAAAAUGUGGCAUGCCAGUGUAGGGGCAAAUUUCUGCUUGUUAGAAGUUGUUAUGAACAUAAUUUCAUGAACAUGAAGUUUCUGUUGGGAGCAGCGACAUUCGUAAAGAAAAGCAAAGUCUUGAAACUUUAAAACUGCAUUGGUGUACGUAACAAAGUAAACAAAAGAAAAAUUUAAAACAUUGUUAAGGGUUGGGGAUAUAACUCAGUUGGUAGAGUGCUUAUUUAGCACUCCGAAGCCCCGAGUUCCAUCCCUCUCAGCAAAAAAGGGCUCUCCCCGCCCCCACUACCAGCACGUGCCAGUAAUCCCAGUACUUUGACAGGGAGGUGGAGGCAGGAGGAUCAACAGUUCAAGACCAUCCUCCCCUACAUCUUAAGUUCAAAGCCACCGUGCGCUACAGGAGACCCAGGGUCAAGAAAAAAAAUUGUUAAAACAGCAGCGGAGGCGGAGGCAGCCGGUGCUUAGAAGGCACGCGCUUGCUUCUAGAUUCCGAAGCGUUUUCAAAGCUGGUUACAGUCCUUACCACAGCACACCCUUGUGAGGUAAGUGUAUUAUCAUCUUUGGUUCAUAAAUGAAAAAGCUGAGGCGCUGAGUGAUUAAGUCACUCGCCUAAGGAGCAUGAGUCAACGUCAAGAGUCAUAGUUGACCCGGCUUAACGACUCCUGACCCUCAGUCCAGGGCUGAGUCAGCGGAGCCCGGAGUGGCUUCCCUGGCUGGCACCUGGACGUAGGCUAUUUCCGUUCACGUCCAAGCAGAAUACUGGAACCGAUUGGACAGAACUUUCCAAACUUUUUACGUCCAGCAAGAUUCACCCCUGACGCCUUCAUCUCAGGACUGGGAACAGGAAAAGCCGACGCGUGCACUCCCCUUCCCCAAGCGUGUGAGUGGGUACCGUGGGCAAGCCCGCCCACCCGCUUGGGCAGCGAUGGCAGCAAGGGACCACCCGCGUUAGUGGACCGGGGACGGGGGAACGCAGACCUCAUCAACGACUCUCCAUCGCCGCCUCUUUCUGAAACCAAGAGAAAAUGGUGGGAGGCGAAAAGAAAACUAAAUAAAAACACAAGCAACUUGUCUUAGGACCUCAGCUAAGCAAAUGAAGCCUUCUUGCGUGUGCUGAGCCUGCAGUUCUCAACCUUCUAGGAAAGAUGGGAGGACUGGGCGACAGAGGGCACAGCAGGAAUGCCCAGCAGUGAGAGCAACCGGAGCUCUGCCCGCUGCACCGCAGAGGCCUAAAACCUACUCUGCAGGAAGUGCGGGCGGCGCUGGGAGCCGCGCACCCUCGCCAGCGACCACGUGAUCACUUUUUUUUUUUUUUGGGAGAAAAAACUUCCUUGCCUUAAGAGAAAAAAAAAAAAAAAAAAAGAGACUCCACUUCCCAGAAGCCUCUUGUUCCCCAAGCAGCUGCAGUCUUGCGCAGGCGCCGCCAGGGCCAAACGGACACGUCCGUCACGUGGGCAGGAGCCGGCCAAUCCGGUUUGAAUCUCAUUUUUUUCCUCUCGCCCCCCCUUCAGGAGCGGUUGUGCGAUCAGAUCGAUCUAAGAUGGCGACUGUGGAACCGGAAACCACCCCUACCACUAAUCCCCCACCUGCGGAAGAGGAAAAAACAGAGUCUAAUCAGGAGGUUGCUAAUCCAGAGCACUAUAUUAAACACCCUCUACAGAACAGUCUAUACAACCAUAUCCAGUUGUCUAGUAAUUUAAUGCCUGGCUGUGACUACUCACUUUUUAAGGAUGGUAUUGAGCCUAUGUGGGAAGAUGAGAAAAACAAACGGGGAGGACGAUGGCUAAUUACAUUGAACAAGCAGCAGAGACGAAGUGACCUCGAUCGCUUUUGGCUAGAGACACUGCUGUGCCUUAUUGGAGAAUCUUUUGAUGACUACAGUGAUGACGUGUGUGGAGCUGUUGUCAAUGUUAGAGCUAAAGGUGAUAAGAUAGCAAUAUGGACGACUGAAUGUGAAAACAGAGAUGCAGUCACACACAUAGGGAGGGUAUACAAGGAAAGGUUAGGACUUCCUCCGAAGAUAGUGAUUGGUUAUCAGUCCCACGCAGACACAGCUACAAAGAGCGGCUCCACCACUAAAAAUAGGUUUGUUGUUUAAGAAGACACCUUCUGAGUAUCCUCACAGGAGACUGCGUCACGCAAUCGAGAUUGGGAGCUGAACCAAAGCCUCAUCAAAGCAGAGUGGACUGCACUGAAGCUGACUCCAUCCAAGUGUUGCUAAGAUAUAAGAGAAGUCUCAUUCGCCUUUGUCUUGUACUUCUGUGUUCAUUCUCCUCCCCCACCCCAAUUUUUGCUAGUGUGUCCACCAUCCCAAUCAAAGAAUUACAGUAUACGUCACCCCAGAACCCACAGAUGUGUUCCUGGCCCGCUCUGUAACAGCCGGGUAGAGUUACCACGACACACACUUGCCUUUCCACAGUAUUCGAAAAAGAACGUGCAUUUCUGUCACCUUAGCAGGAAAAGAUCUGGUUUUGUUCCACUCCAUGCAGGAGCGGAUUUGCUGGUGUGAGAGUCUAAGUACAGCUUUCUAGCAACCUUCUGUUUUCUGUCACAGCAUUGUCCUUGCUGUCCUCUUGCUGAUGGCUGCUAGAUGUUAAUUUAUUUGCUUCCCUCCUUGAUAACAUUAGUGAUUCUGAUUUCAGUUUUUCAUUUGUUUUGCUUUUGUUUUUUUCCUCAUGUAACAUUGGUGAAGGAUCCAGGACUAUGACAGAAAGGUGGAAUAAACAUUACAUUUGUGCAUUCUUUGGUAAUUUUUUUGUUUUUUGUAACUACAAAGCUUUGCUACAAAUUUAUGCAUUUCAUUCAAAUCAGUGAUCUAUGUCUGUGUGAUCCCUAAACAUAAUUGUGGACUAUAAAAAUGUAACACCAUAAUUACAUUCCUAACUAGAAUUAGUUGUCUGCUUUUGUAUCUUUAUGCUGUACUUUAACACUUUGUAUUACUUAGGUUAUUUUGCUUUGGUUACAAUGGCUCAAGUAGAAAAGCGGUCCCAUCCAUAUUAAGACAGUGUACAAAACUGUAAAUAAAAUGUGUACAGUGAAUUGUCUUUUAGACAACUAGAUUUGUCCUUUUAUUUCUCCAUCUCUAGAAGGAAUCUGUACUCCAUAUUGCAAGGCAGUCUCUUGUGUCUUCUUAGUGUCUUCCCCAUGCACAGCCUAAGUUUGGAGCACUAGUUUAUUAUUAUGUUUAUUACAAUUUUUAAUAAAUUGAAUAGGUAGUAUCACAUGUAAUUAAACUGAUGUGGCUAUCUUUUUUGAUAAAGUUAAGACACAGUUUUUCAGUCUUAGGUUAAUAAUGUACUUAGAAUAUGUUAAAAUUCAUGAGAAUUGGGAUUUUGGUGUAUCACCAUUUGAUAGGAACAGUGGCUAUAAACUGAGUGUUGAGUUUAAGAUGUUUUUACUUAAUGGCCAGAAAAUUAGAAUAAGGAAGGUUAGGGGAAUGUGCAUUAGGAACAUUAGUGUUACUAUCUGAAUAAAACAUAAUAAACAAGUAUUAAGAACUA